AAUACAAGUGUAAAAAUGAAAAACUGUCAAAUUUCAUCACAUAGACUAGUUCUUAAAUUUGUGUCACUUAUUCCUCUUUCAGGAUUCUUUUUGUUAUAAUUCGAAAAAAUAAAAAACAAAAUAAAUAAAUCUCAAUAUUAUUUUAACGACGACUCGAAUUAAGUCCAUCAGUGUUUUGUGUAAACUAUAGAUCAAUAGGUACGAAAUAAAGCAUACAAAUGGAUGACACUGAAAGCACUACGACAUCCGCCGACGAGAACACUGGUAACUUAUGCGAUAAUCCUACGAGAGAUACUCUAGCUGAAGGCUUACUUGGUGUUUUUAAACCCAAAGUUGAUCAACUCGACGAUAGAGUUAGGGCUACAAGGAUAUGUCAGUUAGAACUGAAACAACGGAUAGAUUCUUUAAAUGAAGAGUUGCAAAGAGUUCAAGAGGCUUUGAACAAUCACCCAGACUUAGAUCCUUAUGUGAAAAAACUAAUUGCUUGCAAGCAUAAAGUAACUGUUGUUCUAAAUGUACUACAAGCGUCACAGGAUAGACUGAAUGAGAUAAGACAAAUGAUAAACAAAGAAAAGACUGUCCGUACAGUGCCCGAGACUAUCAGUGAACCAGAACAGAGUACAAGCAGUGUGGUCACCAGCCAAGGGAGCAUAAAUUAAUGCAAUGGAGACCCCUUAUCAAAAUCAUAUAAACAAGG